AUGCGUCCUCACAACUUAACUUCUAAUUCUACAGCCACGGCUCUCGUUAUUUAUUCGUAUACAAUGUUCUCCGGUAUUCAUUCUUUAUUUUUUGGAAAAAAGCACAAACACAAGGGAGAAGAUUCAAGUGAAUCUCAAGCCUCGGUAGACAACGAUUUUGUUAUAUUAGAAAGGAGACAUUCUGAUGAAUAUGAUAAAAAUUCAGGAAUAUAUCCCGAUUUAGACCCAUCAAAUCCAUCUUCUAGUAAUUUACCAUACGCUGCAUCUCCUAGUUUGCCUAAUCUUAAUGAAGUCGGUCUAGAUUCAGGGAAAAAAAAAGAAGAACCUAGAAUAGACAUGUUACAAGCUGUACCUUUUCAACUUUCACCUGAAAUUUUGCUGCUUGAUGAAGAAAAUAAUAAAGAAAUAGACAGUAUAAUAGAUUCAUUAAAUGAUAUCAAAGAUUCAGGUGAUGACAGUUUUUUAGAAAAUUUUAGCUACGAUUUUGAAUUGGAGCACUCAAUUUCUUUGCAAUUUUCUUAA